AUGGUGCAUAUGAAUCAAGGACAAGGGGAAACAAGCUAUGCACACAACUCCAGUAUCCAGAACGCUCAGCAGAACAGGAUGAAGCCCCUGAUAGAAGCGGCCAUCAUUGACUUGUGCGGCAGCAAAAGCACCUUGUUCCCCGAAAAGAUGCUGAUUGCGGACUUGGGCUGCUCUUAUGGCCCAAAUGCGCUAGCACUGGUAUCGACUGCCGUCAAGGCCAUCAUCAACCACUGCCUUCAGUUCCAGCAACCACCACCCGAAGUGUGUGUGCUCCUCAAUGACCUUCCUGACAAUGACUUCAACACGGUGGUGAAGAGCCUGGCCACGCUCCGUCAAAAUAACAACAAGCUUGUUGUUGUGACUGGUGUAGCACCGGGGUCAUUUUACGAGAGGCUCUUCACUAGUGACUCCUUGCAUCUUGUCUGCUCGUCCAACAGCUUGCAUUGGCUCUCCAUGGCUCCCGAAGAUCUGACAAUGAACCAGAUCCCUGCGUACGACAUGGAUGAGCAUGCUAGGCGUGAAAGACUCCCUACGGUCCGUGAAGCAUAUGCACGCCAGUUCAGGAAAGAUUUCAUACUUUUCCUGGAGCUGAGAGCCAAAGAAUUGGUUCCAGGAGGCCGAAUGGUUGUUUCUCUUGUAGGGCGGCCUUCUAAUGUAAAAGCCUCCAAAUUCUUUCACCUUUGGGAAACUCUAGUUCAGAUUCUAAGUGUCAUGGCCUUAGAGGGUGUGAUCGACAAAGCGAAGUUUGAUUCUUUCUAUGUGCCGGUGUAUGGACCCUCUGGUGAAGAGCUGAGGGAGAUCAUCCAAGACGAGGGCUCCUUUUCUAUCAGGGAUAUGCGGGUAUAUGACGCUACAACUGAUAUGGACAGCAUGCUCUUCACCCCAAGCUCGUUUGUGAAUUAUCUGAGAGCCAUAUUUGAGCCGAUAAUAGUCGAGCAUUUUGGAGAGGUCAUGGAUGAAUUUGUGAGGACCGCGGAGCGGCGCUGGAGCCUCGAGGGCAGCAUGCAAAACGAGCGUGCUAGGAAUCCAUGA